CUUUUAAUAACCCACGAGCAGGGCAACUGGGCAGGUUAUUACCAAACCAGAAUCUACCACUUGACAUCACACUGCAGAACCCAACAGGUGCAGGAACUUUCCCACCCAUAAGAACGAGUAGCCCCUAUUCAGUGAUACCUCAGCCAGGACUGAUGGGCAGGAAUGAAGGGAUGAUAGGAAGUCAAGGAACCUUAGGCAACAGUAGCACAGGAAUGAUCGGAGGCAGUGCCCCUCGGCCUGCCAUGACAUCUGGAGACUGGGGAAGCCAGGCCCCUGCUGUGAGGGUGACCUGCACACCCACAGCUGGUGCUAUGAACAGGCCGGUGCAAGCAGGCAUGAUCCGCAACCCCACGGCCAGCAUCCCCCUGAGACCCAGCAACCAGCCCGGCCCCAGGCAGAUGCUUCCAUCUCAGGUCAUGAAUAUGGGGCCAUCUGAAUUGGAGAUGAACAUAGGAGGACCUCAGUACAGCCAACAACAGGCGCCUCCAAAUCAGACUGCACCAUGGCCAGACAGCAUCUUGCCUAUAGAACAGGCAACGUUUGGUAAUCAGAACAGGCAACCAUUUGGCAGCUCACCAGAUGAUCUCUUGUGUAAUCAUCCUUCAUCAGAGUCACCAAGUGAUGAGGGUGCUCUCCUAGAUCAGCUUUACAUGGCAUUAAGGAAUUUUGAUGGUUUAGAAGAAAUCGACAGGGCUCUAGGAAUACCAGAACUAGUUAGCCAGAGCCAAGCUGUCGACCCCGAGACCUUCUCCAGCCAGGAGUCCAGCAUCCUGAUGGAGCAGAAGGCUCCGGUGUUCUCUCAGCAGUACGCGGCGCAGGCUCAGAUGGCUCAGGGCAGCUACGCGCCCAUGCAGGACCCAAACUUCCACCCCAUGGGGCAGCGCCCAGGGUACGCAGCUCUGCGCAUGCAGGCCCGGCCCGGCCUGCGCCCCGCCGGCCUCGUGCAGAACCAGCCAAACCAGCUGCGGCUGCAGCUGCAGCACAGGCUCCAGGCACAGCAGAAUCGGCAGCCACUGAUAAAUCAGAUCAGCAGUGUCUCCAAUAUGAAUCUGUCUUUGAGACCUGGAGUGCCCACACAGGGCCCUAUCAACGCGCAGAUGCUGGCGCAGAGGCAGCGGAAAGACAGACUCAUGAACCUAAGAGUCACUCAGUGCCAGCAGCAGCAGCAGCAGCAGGUGCAGCAGCGGACGCUGAUGAUGCGAGGGCAAGGCUUGAACAUGACUCCCAGCAUGGUGGCCACUGGUGGCAUACCAGCAACCAUGAGCAACCCGCGGAUCCCGCAGGCAAACGCACAGCAGUUUCCGUUUCCUCCAAACUACG